AUGGCCAAAUAUCUUGAGAAAGUAAAGGAGCUUACCCCCGUCUUUAGCAGCUUCGACAUUAGGCAGAUUCCAAGGUUGGAGAAUACCAUAGCUGACCUUCUCUCCAAGCUGGCAACGUUGGCUCCAUCCGAGUUGCCCAAAGGCAUUCUCUUUGAAAACGGGCGCGAGUUGGGAUUUGUACUUCAACCCAUUCGGCUCGGCACCUCGAGACAUGGAGGGAAGAGAGGCCGAGAGGCGGAGGGGGAGGCGUUGCGGGGAUGGGCCGAGCUGGUCCUCCCUUGGCUGGCCCCUCCCGACCUCGCUGCCGUCGCCUCCGCGAGCAAGGCCCUCCGCAGCGUAGCCAUGGGCGUCUCCUACCGGAGAGCUUCAGACGCUUCCCGAGGCCUGGAGCGCCACCCUGUCCCGUUCCUCAACCCCGUCGAUGCCCAGCCUUACUCCUACUUCCUCUACGCCCGCUUCCCUCUUCUCGCCCUCCACUCCCCCUCCGCACAGCCGUGGGGCGGACGCGGCCCCACCCCCUCCAACCCCUCCUCCCUCGCCGCUCUCACCUUCUCGCCGGCAGCCGGAGGGUGCGCUUGCGCACCGGCGUGCGCGUCCGAAUGCCCGUGCUCGUUGGGCCCCGAGCCGGGGAUGGAGCUGAUGACGGAGUGCGGGGUGAAUUGCCCCUGCGGGCCCGAGUGCCGUAAUCGCGUGACGCAGGGAGGGAUUUCUGCCCGAUUGCGGGUCGUCAAACAUCCCCUGAAAGGGUGGGGAUUACACGCGGCUCAGUUCGUCAAAAGAGGGCAAUUUAUUUGCGAGUAUGCCGGAGAGUUUUUGAUAACAGAGGAAGCGAGAAAUCGUCAAAGAACUUAUGAUGAGCUUGCAUCCAGUGGAAGGUUUUCUCCUGCACUUCUGGUUGUGAGGGAGCAUCUACCUUCGGGCAAAGCAUGUCUGAGGGUGAAUAUUGAUGCAACAAAAGUUGGCAAUGUGGCUCGCUUCAUCAAUCACUCAUGUGAUGGUGGCAAUCUGUCGAUUGUCCUGGUAAGGAGCUCUGGCUCAUUGCUCCCAAGACUUUGUUUCUUUGCUGCCGUGGAUAUACAGGAAGGUGAAGAGCUCACCUUUAGCUAUGGAAGUGCUAGGCUUAGGCAAAAUGGCCAGCACUGCUUCUGUGGUAGCUCUAUUUGCUCUGGAAUGUUGCCUUCGGAAGAAACUUGAUGCUGCUCUCCAUCUCCGCCGUAAGAGCAUGAAGGACUUCAGUGGUGGUCCCCUUCAAAAGUUCAAAGGCCAUUAUUCGUGGAUUACUCACCUGUCUCCUUUGCAUAUUUCUGACAGAUGAGAAUAUCAGGUUAAGACAAGAGACAUACGAGCGUAACAAUAUCAGUUUGAGGACAUUGAUACAAUGCUCAAUCCAGUUCCAUAAUUGGUCAUCAAAAAAAUGUCAUUGACAAGUGGGUUGUUGAGUGUGGAUGAACUUAAAUUCUAAAUCACGUGGUAUCUCUAGUAUGUGAUGUAGGACACGAGUUUGAACUGUGUACUAGAAGUGAUGGGCGAAAAAAAGGAUAAGAUUUCGUAUGAUUUAAAA